AUGCCGACUGCAACCUCUACCAUCGGCUGGACUCUCGCCAAUGCUGGCCCUGGACCGGCCACUCACUCUGUUCCUACCUGGUGCACCGAAUCCAGCUACCAAAUAGCCACAGCUACCUCUGCCUACCCUGUGUGGGACAACCAAUGUUCCACCACUGUAGGGAACGCGGAGUGCGGCGUCAGACCAACCGACUCGGCCCUGGCAAAGGAGGCGACCUCAAAUUGGUACAUUCUCCCGUUUUAUUCACCUGGCCCAUCCUGCCCGAGUGGCUGGAAAACGGUCGGUGCAGUGGCACCCAGUGCGAUGGUGCCAACUGCCAUUACCACGACAUUCAACGCCAGUGAGGCUUCCGACCUUAUACCCGUGUCAGCGGCCGGGCCGAUCUACCUCAUGCAUAAGCCGUCUGAUGUAUCGAACUCGGACUCGGGGAGUGGGACAAAUGCGGCGUCGACAUUGCGGACGAGCCAGUCCGACUGGUGGAGAGUUAUGGGUGCUUUGGCGGUUUCGCUGACUCUGGGAAUGGUGAUGGUCUUGCCUUGGUGA